AUCCAAAACCAUUCCAUCAGUAAUAGGACUCUCUCUCUCUCUCUCUAGAAAAUAUUCCUAUAAUUGUUAAAUAACGUUAAGACAAGUAAGCAGCUGCCCAGAAGAAUCCUAACGAACAACAAGUUUGUUGCCAUUUCCAAAAUCUGACUUCAAUCUCUCUCUCUCUCUCUCUAUAUAUAUAUAUGUAUGUUUGUAUAUCUAACUCUCAAUACAAAGCCCUAUUUUUGUACCCAGCACCACAAUGUCUACUUGUUUUUCUUGAACCUCCCUGCACGAAUCGAAACCUCUCCAGAAAACAGAGCACCAAACCCAAAUGGGUUUGAUUAUUGAUGAAGAAGAAGAACGAGACGACGUCGUUCUGGUUCCACCCACCAAUUUCUCCAUGGUCGAAGAUGGCAUUUACAGAUCCGGCUUUCCUCAACCCUCCAAUUUCCCAUUUCUUGAAACCCUCAAUUUAAAAUCAGUCAUAUGUUUGUGUACCGAACCUUACCCUCAAGAAAAUUUGGAGUUUCUUCAAUCUCACGGUGUUCAGCUCUUCAAAUUUGGAAUUGAAGGGACUAAGGAGCAGAAUAUUCCGAGGGAAACUAUCACGGAGGCUCUGAAAAUUUUAAUUGAUGUCAGAAACCAUCCGGUUCUAAUCCAUUGUAGACGUGGAAAGCACCGGACAGGUUGUCUCGUUGGCUGCCUGAGAAAACUGCAGAAUUGGUGUAUAUCUUCUGUGUUUGAGGAGUACAAACAUUUUGCUGGCACAAAAACGAGGUCAACGGAUUUGAGUUUUCUGGAGGCAUACAAUGUCUUAUGCCUGAAGCGCUGCCUUUACAGCAUUAUCUACCAGUACCACGGGUAUGGUUCGAAGAAGAGGCGCUUGCUUUACAAACAAGAAAGUGUACUCAAGCCCCAGAUAAAAUCAAUUUAGCAGGGAUUGGACAACACUUUUCCCAGAUAUGGUCCUCAAAAACUCUGGUACCUCCUCUUGUUUGUUAUAUACGGAUUUUUUUUCACACAUCCAUUCUUUGUGAGUGCAUAAGCCCUUGUUUACAGAGCAGUUUUAUACAGCUUCUGUGAAGACUAUUUUUUUUUUUUCCCUCUUUUUUUCAAACGAUGAAUUUUAUUUUUUUCGAACGAUUCCCUUGUAUUAUUUUUAUCAAGUUAUUGUUCAGUUACAUUUGUAAUCUGAGAGCAUUGUUUUCAGUCUUGCUCCAGAAAUUCCCUUCA